AUGUUCACAUCGGUAACGCACCUCAAGGCGCACUACCGGCGUGACCAUCCAUGCCGCAAUGGCCUUAUCUGUCACAUCGCUGCCCAAAAGGGAAUGAAAUGCCCGAUUCAUUCGUCCGACGAGGGCGAUGACGCCUCAUCAGGUGCAUCGCCCGUCGUGGACGUUGAUACGCAAAGGCCCGAGCCGGAUGUCGCGACGUUUCAGGCUGCUACCAUGGCCCUAGAGCAGAACAAGUCGUCGGCAGAGCCUGAUGAAACGGAUAAAGCAGAUCCCACUAUCAACAUCCCCCUUUGCUCGCUCAUUCCCUCUGAGUUGGUGACAGAAUGCGAAAAGGCGUCCGAACCCGCUACCGCUGAAGACAAGUCACCGCUCCAGAAGCACCAGGUGCCCACACUCUCAGAAUCAGCCACUUCCAAUGACGCGCUGCCUGAGCAUUCCCAAAAUCCUUCUACGAUCACGCCCAACGAUGGGGAUGACACGGAGGACACCUCCAGCGGCAAGCACGCCUCUAUGGUGCCUGACGACUGGGAGUGCACUCCGUCUUCGGCAGUCUCGGACUGCUCGGAUUCGUGGACCGAGAUUGCCAGCGUUUUCAGCGAGGGCGACGCGGUUCAGGUGAAUGCUGAUGAAGACAUUCCUAAGGCAGAGUCUGCGACGGCGGAGGAAUUCGCUGUAGCGGCGGUUGAAGACAGUGUCAAGAAAGACGUUGACGCCGCGCAUGAAGCAGACCUCAAUGCAGCCCAAGGGGAGGGCGCAGCGGACGAGGCGUCGACCGGGGAAACUCAGCCCGCGCAGUUGUCUCUCCCACGGAUCGCGACUGAAGCACCCACUGAGCCUCAAGCACGCUUGAUGAUUUUGUCUUGCAAAGUUUGCACAAAGAAUCCUACUAAUCCGGUGGUCACCAUGUGCGGACAUGUGUUCUGCCAUGGGUGCAUCUUGAACGCUUUGGGGACGAGCCUCUCCUGUCCGGCCUGCAACCGGCCCAUCUUAGUUCGGCUGGACCUGUGA